AGUCAGGCAGGAGGACCGCAGUCCCGACGGCACUUUAGGAGGCUCCAAGCGGGAUAACACUGCGUCCAACACGGGGAGAACCAGCCGGGAGAAUCCGACAUGAGUUGGGGAACGGAGCUCUGGGACCAGUUUGAUAAUCUGGACAAACACACUCAGUGGGGGAUUGAUUUUCUGGAGCGCUAUUCAAAGUUUGUCAAGGAAAGGCUGGACAUUGAGCAAAGCUAUGCCAAGCAACUACGGGGCUUGGUGAAGAAAUAUUGCCCGAAACGCUCCAAGGAGGAGGAGCCGAGGUUCACAUCAUGUGUGUCGUUCUACUCCAUACUGAAUGAACUCAACGACUAUGCCGGUCAGAGGGAGGUGGUGGCGGAGGAGAUUGCUCACAAGGUGUACGGAGAGCUGAUGACUUACAGUCAGGACCUCAAAGCUGAGAGGAAGCAUCAUCUUCAGGAGGGCAGGAAGGCCCAGCAGUAUUUGGAUCAUAGCUGGAAACAGAUGGACAACAGUAAAAAGAAGUUUGAGAGGGAGUGUAAAGAAGCAGAGAAAUGCCAGCUGACCUUCGACCGGUUAGAUAAUGACAUCAACGCCACCAAGUCAGAAGUGGAGAAGUCCAAAGCCCAGUUAUACCUGCGGACUCACAUGGCCGAUGAGAGUAAGAACGAAUACGCCGCUCAGCUACAGAACUUCAACGGAGAGCAGUGGAAACAUUUCAACAACGCCAUUCCGCACAUCUUCAAGAAUCUGCAGGACAUGGAUGAACGUCGGACGGUGAAGCUGGGCGAGACGUACCGGAGCUUCGCUGAGGCGGAGCGGAGAGUCAUUCCCAUCGUCUCCAAAUGUCUAGAAGGAAUGGUGUCUGCUGCCAAAGCUGUCAAUGAACGAAAGGAUUCGGUCAUUGUCGUGGAGUCAUUCAAGUCCGGCUUCGACCCUCCAGGCGACUUCCCCUUCGAGGACUUCAGCCAGAAUCUGAGCAGGUCGGGUUCAGACGGGACCAUCAGCAACACGCCCAAAGGAGAACGAGACAAAGACGGGGGGCCGCCGCCGAGAUCAGACCCCAAACAUCCUAUGAGCAGAACCAAGAACAAGCUGUGGCUGUUUGGGAAGAAACCAAAGGCUCCGUCUCUGGAGGAUUUCAGUCACCUCCCCCCCGAGCAGAGGAGGAAGAGGCUGCAGCAGAAGAUCGACGAGCUCAACAGAGAGCUCCAGAAAGAGCAGGAUGCGAGAGAUGCCCUGAACAAGAUGAAGGACGUGUACGAGAAGAACCCACAGAUGGGAGACCCCGUCAGUCUGCAACCCAAAAUAUCAGAGACCAUUUGUAACAUGGAGAAACUGCGCUCGGAACUCCACAAAAACGAGACUUGGUUAUCUGAGGUGGAGGGAAAGCACAGCUCCAGAGGAGACAGGAGACACAGCGCCGACAAUCACCAUCAAACCCCCCAAGGCAGAGAAAGCCCUGAGGGCAGCUACACAGACGACACCAGUCAGGAGCAUCACACGCCUCACCCCCGCCGCCCGAGUCCCAGUCCUUCAAAGCCCGUCAACCCCAACCCGGACCCUCACGAGUUCGACGAUGAAUUCGAUGACGACGACCCGCUGCCUGUCAUCGGACACUGCAAAGCGCUGUACUCUUUCGGCGGUCAGAACGAGGGGACGCUGGUGAUGGCAGAAGAUGAGGUGUUGUACAUCAUCGAGGAGGACAAGGGCGACGGCUGGACGCGGGUCAGGAAGCAGAGCGGCGAGGAGGGCUACGUCCCCACCUCCUACGUAGAAAUCACCAUGGAGAAGAACAGCAAAGGUGCUGUCACCUACAUCUGACUCCACACUGUCCUCCGCCCUCCGCUCCAUCCCUCUGUCAUUCUCUCCAUCUCCGCUUUCUCCUCCCUCCACAUAACACUACAAAGGAAAAAAAGACAGCAUCUAAACACCUACAUGGACAUUCAUCUCUUUCUUUUGUCCUGGUUUCCAUCCCACCUCUUCAUCCCUCUGUCUCUUUAUACGUCUGUCCUCUCGUGUGCGUGGGACAGUUUCAGAAGGUGAGCGUGUGAGCACGGAGACAAAUGGAAGAAGCUGCUUGACGGUGUUUGUUUGUGUGUUACCGAUGUCUCCACUGCUGGAGUGAGCCCCGUGUCGAGGCUUCACCACUUCCUGUCGAUCAAAGUGUUUCAGAUUGUUUAAUGUAAUAUAUUAGAGACUAUUUUUUAUUUUUAUCCUAUCUUUUUAAUUGUUCUUUCUGAAACUCACUGAUUUUAAGCUCAUUUAAGUGUCGACAUAAUUUGAAAUUAACGUGUGUGAGUGUGUGUGUGUGUGUGUGUGUUCAUGCAUUUGUGUUUUGUUUUUCAUCAGUGCCAUCCCUCUUAAGGUGGUAUUACACUAACAGAGGUCUGUCUGGUUUCAGCCUCAGGGUUUUUUCUUUUCUUCAGUGCAGUUUUCUUACAAACUGUAGAAAGAAAAGUUUUGAACUGGUCGUUGACAAAAGUCUUUUGAGAUUAAUUCCGAGAAGAGUUGAAAACACUAAAACCAACAAUGUUUUUUCUCAUUUCUUUUCAAUGAGGAAAACCCAUCUUUCAUGUAUCCGCCUCUUAAACGACUGUAAUUUGCAUCAGAUCUGAAGUCGUCUUGUGACCCACAAUCACAGACUCGAGUCUCUGAGUAAACAGUUGACGUAAAGAGACGUUUCUUUUCCCCUCUGACUCAACGAUUCACAAGGAAAAUGGAGAAACGAGGGAAAAGAUAGAAAUGUUUUCUAUCCCCCACAAAUCACCCGGUUGACCUCUUAGAUUAUUUUGGGAUUCUGAGCGAUCCAAACAAAAUAAACUCCCCGGUUGGAAACUGCUCUCGUGAGUAUUUACAGCAGCAGGCUGGUUUUCGUAGGAUUAAAUAAAUCUAAAGUGCUGAUGAAGAAACCGUGAAAUGCUGCGGUGAAUUUAAUGUUUGGUUAGAAUAUGAUACUAAUACUACAUUGUUGGUUUUGGUCUUUUCAUGGGAGUUGAUCCGCCCACUUCUUCUAUUCUCCUGUGAAAUCAUACCCAGCCGUUCAAAGCCUAAGGAAAUGAUUCUAGUUCUUAGACUUUUUACAGGAUUGUUUUAAUUCAAUAUUUCACUUUUAUGUAAUUCUGGUUAUUCUUGGCCAUUGUUUGAGUCACUGAUUAAAGAAACAGCUCUGACACUUUUCUUUCGACGUCCAUUAUGAUAUUAAUCUUCAAAACCUUUUAAAUUCAUCUCUUUAGUUCCAGUUAUUUGGUCCGAAUCAGAGUGAGAAUAUCUCGGAUUUCAGUGAAACGGCCGUAAGGUGUGUCAGACGUCUGUUCUUCUUCAGGUCCUCUCAGACAAAUAAAGACCGAGAGCAGGAGCAGGAUGAGGAGGAGGAGGAGGAGGAGGAAGAUGCUCUAAUGACAUGAACAGACACAAUCUGCAGGAUUCCUCAAAUGUUUGGAAUUGUUUUCUUCCUUUGUCCAAUUUCUGAAUCCUUUCUCCUGAUGGAAAACGCUGAGGUCGUCCAGACUGAAACACAGUCUGUCUCUGUGACCACUUUCAUUCUGUUGAAACUUGAAUCUUCUCUGUAUGUGUGUGUGUGUGUUUGUGUGUCUGUGUGUGUCUUUUAGUAACUGGCCCUCUCCUCUAUGUGACCGCAGGUUCCUGAGGGCUGCAGGGUGGCCGGGCGAUUUGAUUGGCUGGUGGAGGGCUCACGGUGAUUGCUGAUUAUUGGUGGUGCGGGUACACAAGGAAGAGAGAGAAAUAGGAGAGGGAAAAAAGAGACAGGGGGAGGAAGAGAGGGAGGUUUGCAUGUCUGCAUGAUCGGCAUUCGGGGGGGUUACGAGAGGAGGAAGGGAGGGUUGUACCGAAUGUAGAAGAUCCCGGAACCAUAAGCUGGAAAUGAUUUACAGUAUUUAUGAUCUUACAGUUGGAUCCUAACAGGAGAAGAGCUGUCAGACCAGGAAGUGAUCACAAGCUCCAUGUAUUUGGUGACGAGGCUAAUGACGCAAUAUCCCAUAUAGGGGAAAGUCAUUCAUGUAGUUAUUAAGUAGAUUGACCUUGUGAUGACCUCUGUCAAGCUUGUGAGGAUUUCUCACUUCUCAUAAAUCGUUUGGAUAAUUUCUGACCCCUUUUUAGAUUUUCCAUAUUUUCUCAAAUCCGACUCCCGACACGUAUAUCAGGGUGUUAUUAACUCUCAGGCUCAGGUUCGCUCACAGCAUCAAACUAACAGAAUCCGAUCUGCUCUGCUCCGACUCACUCCCGUCAUCAUCGUUUUGUCUCUAUCUGUGCUCUGUUGGUGAUGUCUGCCUGAGCCACUCUGCUCCUCAUGCCUGUCCUCACUCAUCCAGUCGCAUGUUGUUAACGUGUCAUUAUCAAACGUGAGCAGGUGACCGUCACUGCACCUUCCUGUGUGUGUGUCUGUGUGUGUGUAACGUUGUUGAAUGUCGAAUGCCUUAUCUUCAUGACGUGUUCAUGCACCUGCAGCAUGAGUUUGAUUCCUUUGUGUUUGUUGAAUGUUUCCCAAACAGCAGCUGGGUAAUAUCAGAUCCUCAUUAGACAGAUAGCAGGACUAUCAGGUGCAAACAGGACCUCCCUCCUCCUGCUCCUCCUCUUUCUCCUCCUUUUCCCACCUUUCCUCCUCUCUCCUGUGGCUGUAAUUCCACCAGCUGACCAGCAGGCGGCAGUCUCUCAUCACCAAAACCAGACUGGGCCCCCCCUUCUUUUUUUUUUUUUAACCAUCACCGAACAAACCAGUGGAAGCCCCGGGACGUUGCAGGUCAGAUUCUGCCUUAAAACAUCUUCUUCUUGUUUUUGUUUUUUCCGUGGAGGGAUUUUUCCAAACACACAAACAUCUGGAUGUGUCUGCCGCUGGACUACAUCUCCCAUCAGGCACCUGGGCUCGCCCCUGUAUCAGUGAAGGGGCCUCAGCUUCAUCUACACGAAAAGUUUUUUCUCAUUUCAUCGGUUGUAUUUGUGAAUGUGACGACACGCACACAUAGGGAACACCAAUCACACCAGAAACACAAUUUGUAUUCCCGUACACUUUAAAGCUGUGUGAUCACGUGUGUGUUACAUGUGUGACGUUAGUUUUUACCAUUGAAUGAUUUGUACAUAUUAACAUCUCUUACGUCAUGUUGAAUGUGUUUCCAUGGUGACUGUUUUUAGGUUGAUUGACACUCUUCAUGAGACGAAAAGGUUUGAAAGGACCCGAUGCACUUUGCCCUUAAGUACUACAGCAAAUGAAUCUGAUUAGAAAUGAGCGAGUGAAUAAAUGAAUGUGCGAUAAAGUGUGAUCUUUAUGAAUGAAGCUUAGAGUAAUUCUCUCUUUUUAAAUGGUUUUAUACUCGUUUUCUAACUUGUCAGAAAACUUCCUUUUGCAUGAUUUUUCUAUAGAUUCUCAUUCUGGUGAUUUAUUUUGUAACCACUCAGCUUAUCUGUUCAAUCAAAAUGAUAUUUAAGACAAUAAGCCACUAGCCUGUGUUUCUUGGAUGAAGCUGUGAAAUGUACAGAGCGAUGCUGUAGAUGUUGUUACUUGAACUUUCCCCCCCGGUGUCACGACUCCACAUUUCCUCCACUGUCCGUGACUUUUCCUCUAUUGGACAUUAAAGGGGUAUUUCAGAGAUUUUAGUAUUUCACCAGUGAGAGAACAAGAAGUUAUGUCUUCACUUUUUAGAUUCUGAUGUGGCUCAAACUACAAAUUUGAAGGACUUAAUGUAUGUCAAGUACAUUUUGAUGUUUAGAAUCUCAUGUCAUCAGCAGGGGAUUCAGUACAAAGAUCCAACAAUGCUUUUUGUUUCAUGUACAAAAAUCUGAUUUCAUGAAUGGCUCCAGCUAACUAUUUACAUCAUUGAUUAAUCCAUUAGAAAAUUGUUCUCAUCUAUAAAACUUCACAUGUCUUGUCCUGCCAUCACUAAAGCAAUUACCAUUUUUACAAUUACUAUUGAUUUAUUACUUUCUAAUUGUUUGGUCAACAGAAUAAUGAUUAAUAUCAGAAUCAUAACGAGCUCAAGGCGACGUCUUCCAGUUUCUAGUUUUGUCGAAUAAACAAAAAAAUACAAGACCCAAAGAUUUUUCACUUAACUCCGAGAGAAACGAUGAAUCUUUGCAUUUUAAGAAGCUGGAGCAAGUGAAGGUUUUUAAUUUACGCUCAACUUUAUCAAUAAAUUAUUUCAGUACUAAAACCAAUACUCUGCUUGUUAACGUAAUUGUAAAUGUGCACCAAGGCAAAGAGGAGCGUCCUGUAACGGUGACACAAGAAUAAAAACAUCUUCUUCACGUCAGAUGAGUGUUUGUGUUGCCGUCUGUUAAACUCAGUAAAUGAUACAAACUGUUAAAGAGACAUUUCACUCCAAAGACGUCUUGAGGUGAACUGUCCCUUUAAAUCGAAGCUGUCGCUGACACGGCAGCUUUGAAAAUGACCAAAAAAAUCUCAUCCACAGGUAAUUUUCUUAACCGUUAUUAAGCCUAUAAACACUGAGCUGCAUAUUAUAAUAGCCGCUGUUCUUUAAUCCUGAAUAUUAUGCAGAAAUAAGUAAUAACAAAUCAGCUUUGACAUGUUAAAUAUGAUAAAAGUUCCUUCUUGUACAAACAGUUCUCUACUGAAACUUCUGCCAAGCUACUGUGAGCGUGCUGCUGUUUCUCGUCCAGCAAAAUAAAAGCCCACGUGUUGUUCUUCACAUUCCACAUUCGUUUCAAAAUCGUUUUUAUCGUCGAGCAUGAAAAUAAACUUCAACUUCUUUCCUAUCAUCAACUCAAACAGUCACAGUGAAUGAAAAGCAGCAGGUACUGGGUGUUUCAGCCGGAUAUCAACACGUCUAAUCCAUGUAAAUCUGUGUGUUCUUACCAUGUUGUAUAUGUUUUAAUAACCAAUGGCAGUACUUCUCUCCAUAUUGUUGUGCACAUGUUUUUACUUUGAAUGUUGUCGGACACUUUGUGAACAAAAUGCUUUUUUGUUUCUUCUUCUUCUUCUUCCAAGAUAUUGUUCUAAUAAAAUAAGCAGCAAUGAAAAGUC